GAGAGACCGACUCUGAGAGCUCACCAGAGGUUUCUCCUUUUACAUUUUUGACUUUUUUUUUGACAAAAGCAGUUUGUGUGAACUUGAAGUAUUCAGGUGGAGGUCAAAGGUCGAGUGUGUCAUGACCCCACGGGAGCAGCUGAGGAAGAUGACAGCUCUGGGAGAGCAGGGGGCUUUGGAUGAGAAGCACUGGUACCGUCUGGUCAAUGGCAUGUCGGCCGGAGAGCUCAGGCAGAGGCAAGAGCUGAUAAUGAGGAACCAGAUGGCCAUGGCUCCGCAGAUCCUCACCCAGGGGCAGCAGAGGUUACAGGGGGUCCCGUCACAGUUCGAACCUCGCUUCAUGGAGAGGGAGCUGGUUCCCCCCAACGAGAUGGUAGCUUCUGAUGCCAGACAGAUGCACAUGGGAGCUCACCUGGGUCCACCUCUACCCCCACAUGCCAACGUCCUGCCUGGAAGAGGUUUCCCUGGUGCAUCUGGUUAUGGCUUCUUGCCCUCUGAGCCCAUGGAAACAGUUGCUCGGCGACAGGAGCUCAUUCACAAGCAAAAUAUAGCCAGAAUGGAGAUGAACGCCAUCCUGCAUCAGAAGGAGCUGGAGAACGCCCACCAGAAGGGACUUAUGGGAAUUGACAAUCCCAUGUCGUACCCUUCCAACCCCAUGGCGUUCAGAGGUCGUCAGCGCAUGCCAGAUAGCCACGAUGUCUUCGUCCACCGUCCCACUCUGGAUGAACUGCACUCCAACAGCAUGCUCAUGUCAGCCAGCCCGUACCCACCAAUCAGCACGCUGCACAGAGAGAGGGGACGCCGGGCCGGCAGGAGGCCCACCGCUCACAAGAGUGCAGAGAGCCACGUGGCCAACCUGAAGGGUCAAACUGAAGAUAAAAGUGUAGAGCAGAGCCCGGGAGCCACAUCAGGGGAAGAGAAAGAGGUGGAGACGAAGGGGGACAUGGGAGAGGAGUGUGCCACCAGCAAGAUGCACCAUCAGGCGAAAACAGACUCUGAGCUCGCCACAGGAAGCAGGAAGAACUACAAAGAGGGGGAGCCAGGGCUGCGUAAAGCCUGCGUAAACAGUCAGGAUGGUUGCUCAGAUGUGGCCAACAGCGGUGCAAACGAUAAAGACAUAUCCAGCCAAUGUUCAGCUUUCCAGGAGAAGUUCAUGUAUCCCUCUGCCGGUGGGGCGCUCACAGGCAUGCCUUACAUGUUCCCAGUCCCUGGAAAUGGUUUCCUUCCACCUGGUCCACCCAGUCUCUUUCAUAACGGUGACGAGGUGUCCGAAGACAUAAGGAAGUGGACAGUGAAUGAUGUUUACAACUUUAUCAACAGCAUACCCACGUGUUCAGAAUAUGCCCAGACGUUCAAGGACCACAUGAUUGAUGGCGAGACGCUGCCCCUCCUGUCAGAGGAGCAUCUGCUGGACACACUUGGGCUCAAGCUGGGACCAGCUCUUAAGAUCCGUUCACAGGUGUCCAGGCGUCUGGGCAACAUGUUGUACAUGAUGAACCUGCCACUCUCCGCCGCCACCCUGCAGUCUACUCCUGAGAAGACCGGGGACCGCUCACCAGAGAUCGGCUCCCCCGUUAACUGCAACAGCGAGGAGAUGAUGGCGAGUCCAAGAGACUCUGAUGUCCUCAAAUCCACAGAGCACCUUCACGAGACAGAAAACAACUCCCCUCCGUCUGCCAGCAGUGAGACGGCCUGAUGAGUGCCCAUAAUGUGGAUGCAAACCUCCUGAACUCCUGCUGCCACAGUGGUGGAUUUGUUUACGUAAUAAUUAACUGAAGAUGCUUUUUUUACUAUUUGCAACCUGCACAGGUUCACACUAGGUCCAGGUGUCUGCU